AUGGACUCAUCAAGACAAAAAAUAAAAAACGUAAAUUUUUCUUUAUUAAAAGAUAAUAAUCCUAUCUUUUGGAAUUUUUCAUUAGAUAAAGUAAGAUUAAAAAAUUUUGUGUCAUGGUUUUUUAAAAACCAUGGUGAAAAAAAAACACUUCAAUUAUUAGAGCAAUUAAAAAAUUUAGGAUUUGGUUAUGCAACUCAAGCAGGAAUCUCUUUAGGUAUCGAAGAUUUAAAAAUUCCACCUAAUAAAAAUAAAUUGUUAGCUGAAGCCGAAAACAGUAUUUCUAAUUCACUUAUUAGUUAUCGUAAAGGAGAAAUUACUGGUAUUGAAAAAAGGCAGCAAUUUAUUGAAACUUGGCAUGAAAUUAGUGAAAAUUUAAAGCAAGAAGUUGUUCGUUAUUUUGAAAAAACAAACAUUUUGAACCCAGUUUAUAUGAUGGCUUUUUCAGGGGCUCGUGGGAAUUUAUCACAAGUGCGCCAACUUGUUGGAAUGCGAGGGUUAAUGUCUGAUCCUCAAGGUAAAAUUAUUGAAUUUCCUAUUCAAAGUAAUUUUCGUGAAGGAUUAACUCUAACAGAAUAUUUAAUUUCAACUUAUGGAGCUCGUAAAGGUAUUGUUGACACAGCUUUAAGAACUGCGACAGCAGGUUAUUUAACUCGACGUUUAGUCGAUGUAGCACAGCACGUUAUUGUAUCCACUUUUGAUUGUGGAACGAAAAGAGGUAUUUUUCUUUUUGAUAUGAAAGAAGGAAACAAAACUAUUUAUUCUUUUUCAAAUCGAUUAAUUGGACGAGUCCUUGCGCAAAAUAUUUAUGCAUCUGUAAAUGUUAACCAGCUUUUAAAAACUGAAGCAUCCAAGUCAAAGCUCGGGUUUCGGAAUCAAGAAAUCAAUACAGAAUUAGCAACUGCUAUUGCGAAACUUCAUAAAAAAGCAUUAGUUCGUUCUCCUUUAACAUGUGAAACUAGAAAACUCGUUUGUCAACUUUGUUAUGGUUGGAGUCUAGCGACCUCACGUUUGGUUUCCGUCGGAGAAGCUGUCGGAGUUAUUGCAGGUCAAUCUAUUGGUGAACCGGGAACACAAUUAACAAUGAGAACUUUUCAUACUGGAGGGGUUUUCUCGGGAGAGAUUACAGAACAGAUCAAUGCACCUUUUUCUGGAAUCGCUGAGUAUUCAGAACCCAUUUCAGGUGCUUGUAUUCGCACACCACUAGGUUUUUUAGCUUUUUUAACAAAAACAAACGGUACCCUUUUUUUCAAAAAAUCGAAAAUGAAAUUGUUAGAAGAUGAUUCUUUACACUUAAACAAAACACUGACAAAUGAAUCGUCAGUAAUGAAUGUUUAUAAAAUCCCCUCUUUUACUGUUUUGUUUGCACGUCAUGGUGAAUUCAUAGAAAAAAGCAAAUUUUUAGCACAAAUUUCUUUGUUUCCUACGGGGCAAAAAACCACUCAGACAAUCGAACAAACUAUUUAUUCUUCACUAGAAGGCGAAGUUUAUUACAAUCAAAUUGAUCUUUUAGAAGAUAUCGAUGAAAAAUAUGGGGAACAUAUUUCAAAAGCGGAAGAUUGGUCAAAAGUUUGGGUACUUUCAGCAAAAAUUUCUAAUAAUACAUUGGUUUCAGACUACUUACCUAAGUGUGGAGAUUUUGUUUCAAAAAAUUCUAUUGUUAAUCAAAUUCAAUGGUUGACAAAUUUUUCACAACCUUCUUAUAUUAAUUAUAAUACAUCAAAUGCUUCAAACUUUAAAAAUUCAGACUAUUCAUAUGAAUCAAAACGGUUGUUUAAGUCUUUUCAAAGUUAUUCUUUAUCAAACAAUAAAUUGAAAUCAAAUCUAACGCUAAAUUCAUCUUUCAAUGCUGUUUUAGCUCUUAAAACAAAAUCAAUAGACAAUUUCUCUUCAAAUUUUAAAAUUUUUUCUAAAUAUCAAAAAAGAAAAAAAUUUUUGUUAAAUAAUAUAAACUUGACGAAUUUAAAUCAAAGACAAAUUUUUUCUGUUUACUAUUUACGAAACAUACAAACUUGUUUUGUAUACCCAUAUCAAUUCAAUUUUCGUUAUAAUUUUCUAAAGUCAAUUGCCCAAACCGUUAUUUUUUUACCUAUCUUAGGUUCGGGAGUUUUAACAAAUUGGUUAAACUUAAAAAGUUUAAAACACAAAAAAAACAAAAAACAAAAAGUAAUGAACUUAGUACAAAAACAAUCUACAGUUUUAGUAAAAAGAUUAAAUUUAAAUAAAAAAUUUAAAGUUAGGCACAAUGUUGUUAUGCGAGGGCAAGCCUCUAGGCCCGGGGGGGCUUUGCCCCCGGGGCCUCAGAAAUCCCCUCGCUCGGGGGGCCAAGGGCCCCCGCAAAGCCCGAGACCCAAUGGGUCGGGGGGUUCCCCGAGGGCCCUCGGCCCGGGGGGGGGACCCCCCCGCGCAUUAAAUAAAACGAAUUUUUUCCAUCCAUUAAUUUUAGCAAAUUUUGUUUCUUUUUCAUCAACUUUAAACACGAAAACUCUUAAAAAUUUUUAUAAAAGAAAAUCUAAAAUUUCAAAUGUGAAAUUAGAAAAAUCAAUUGUUUAUCCUUAUUUUCCUAACAAUUAUCCCAAUCCUUUAAGUGAGUAUAAUUAUUUAAAUAAAUCAGACACAGAUUUUUGGUUGUAUAAAAAAUCUAUGGAAAACGUUUUCAACAAAUUUUCUUUCAAAAACCAAGCUCAAUUAAAAAAUUUGCAAAACUCAAAACAAAAAAAACAUCACGGAUCUUCUAUAAUAACGAAAUUCGAAAAGAAUAAAAUAAGAAAUAUCUUUUUUAAAAAAACUACAACCUUAAAACGGGAACAACUUUCAAUAAAAACUCCUAUUCUUUUCUUAAAUACUGAAAAAAUUUGUUAUAGAAAACUUGGUUAUUUUGUUUCGAUUGAAAUAGAACCAAAUAAAAGAGAUCAACUUUUUAGUUUUUUACCUCUUCAAAAUGACUCUUCUAUGGAUAUUCAUAAAAUACAUAUAUUGAAUAAGUCUUUAGGGUUUUCUUCAUUUUUAUCCUUAAAAAAAAAUUUAAAAAAUACAAAAUUAAAAAACCCUAAUGCGAAUAAUACUUUAAAUUUAAACAACACUGAUUCGUGGAGUCUAAACUCAAACCAAGGCUUUUAUUGGUUUCCAGAAUUUUCACAAACCAUAACCAACGGUAUUUUUUCAGUUUUAGGUCCAACAAUUUCUCAAAAGAUUUUUAAAACAAAAUUUUUUAAACUUAAAACAAAAAAUACAAAAAGUGCUUUUUUUUAUACAAAAAAAUAUAUUCAGUUUCUAAAUCUUGCCCAAUCACAAAUAACUAAAAAAAAUCUGACAAACAAAAUGAAUUUUAGUAAGACGUUCAGGAAAAAAAAAUUUUCUAAAUUUUUAAAAAAUCAAGAAAAAAAUAAAGGUACUAUUUUUCAAUCUGUUUUGUUUUCUAAUUUGGCUAACAUCAAUUUAGCAUAUCACAGUGAAACAAAAGACGUACGUUUUACUAAUAAAAAUUUCUAUUUAAGUCAUUUUAAUCAAGAUUCUUUUUCUAAAAAAUUACAAUUAAUUUUUAUGAAUAUCGAAAAUUAUCAAAUGUUUCACUUUGUUUCGCCUUUAAAUAAAUAUCCCUGGUUUGAAAAAAAAAGUCACGAAAAGGCUUUCAAUUAUUUAAAGACACUAAAUCACAAAUCAUUGAAACAGCAACUUAAAUCUAAUUAUAUUUCAGUAAAGAAAUCUUUUAUUAUAGACAACUUCAAACAAACUGAAAAAAAAGAUUCUAAAAAAUCUAGUGAAAGAAAGAUAUUUUCUUUUUCUAAAAAAGAUUUGGAAUAUUCUAAAAAUUUAACUGUUAAGCUAAAUCAGUUUAAAAAAUUGUCAACACCUUUUCAAGAAAUUUAUUGGUUAGCUCAAGAAAAUUAUUCUUUAAAUGUAUUAAUUAAUAAUAAUAAGUUGAAAAAUUUUGGUUUAAAUGAAUCUCGAUUUAUUUUUAAUUCAAAUCAUACAAAUUUUAACCGAAUUAAAGAAAGAACUAACAUUUAUUUAACAAAUUAUCAAGGAUUAAAAAAAGAGUUUGUCUUUAAAUAUGAUGGUUUGCUUAAAAUUCAUACAUCAGAAGUUUUAAACACGUUUAAUAAAAAUGGACAAUUGGACAAACCGGUAAAUUUAAACUUCACAAAAUCAUCUUCUUUAGCCCAUUCUAAAUUAAAAGUGAAAUUUAUUAAAUAUGUUUUAAUGAAAAAAAAUUUCAAACGAAAUUUGUUCUUAAACACUCAAACACAACAAAAUUUGCAUAAAUCAAAGGUUAAUGGUUUAUUUUGUGUAAAUCUUAAAAACUAUAAUAAUUUUUUAAGUUCUUUACCUCUUUUACAAAGAACAAAUAUCUCUACUCGAAGUCCAGAAAAUUUUACAACUGUUAAAAAUUUUGCAAAAAAAAAAUAUUCUAAAAAAAUUUCAAAAACUAAAAAUUUAGCAUUAAAUAUUACCUUAAAACCAGGUUGGAUUUAUAAAACGACAAAUUUAUCGAAUAUUUUUAAUAUUCACAAACUUUUAAUUUCAGCUGGAAAUAAUUUAUUAGAUGACAUUUGUUUUGAGCAACAAAAUAUUUUUGUCGAAAUAAUUUCAUUGAAUAAAAUGUGCUUGCCAAAUUUAUUCAAGACUGAUUUUAAAAAUCAGAAAUCAACAAAUUCAUUUAAUACGUUAAUAAAAGUCAAAAAUUCUAAAUGUCGUUUUUUACAAAAAAAUAAAGAUAUUAAACAAAAGCAUCAAAAGAAUUUACUAAAAUUUGGGGGAACCAACGGUCGAUGGGGCCCACGGGGGGGGGAAACCCCCCCGCAAGCGCUUAGGUUUAUAAAACCUAAAAGAACCCCGAGUGCUUCUCGAAGCCCUCGCAAGCUCCGUGAUGUUACUGCUUUAUUUUUCUUGAUUCGACCUUUAAAUCAUAGGCUUUUUCCUAACCAUCAACAAAUGAAAAGAGCACUCUAUAAAUGUAUGCAAAAAAAACGAACAAAUGAAUUGAACUCAUCUAAUUUUCUUUAUAAAAAAUAUUUUUCAAAUGAACUCAAUCAACAAACAAACGCGUUAAAAAGUCUUUCAAAUUUUGAACCACUAGAUUUCCAGUUAACUCGGAUGAAUUUAUGGGAUUCCACAUUUGUUUCAAAGAAACAAAAAUUUUUACUUUUCAAUUCAAAAAAACUAAAUCCAAAACAGAAAAUUGAAGAAACACCAAAAAAAACUUCGUUUUCAACCCUAUUCCCAAACUCUUUUUUUAAAUCUUUUUCAAAAAAAGGACAGGUUUUUUAUUUAGCUAAAAAGAUUUCCAAUUUUUUUUCAAAUUCAUCGAAUUUUCGAAAAUACGAACGAGGACGCAACUGUAUUUUGGAAAAAGCUUAUUUUUCUAAUUAUUCAGUAAAUUUUACACAGUGCAAAGUUUCUUUAAGUUUAUCACGGUCAUCUAUAGCGAAUGCAUCGACAACUGCCGCUGGUUUUUUAGCUUACUCUUUUCCACAAAUCUCUUUAAAUAAAGAGCCUACAAGAAUGGAUUUUUCUGAAUAUAGCUCUACAGAAUACAAUAAUUAUUUGAAAAACCAAUAUUUAAGGAUUUUAAUGAUAAGAAGUUCUCACUCACUUUUUCAAAAAAAUAACGCUUUUUUUAGUAAGACUCAAAAAUUUAGUGAAGUUAGCAAUUCUUUAGAAAAGUCACGAUUUCGAUUUUAUAAAAAAAGAAUUAUUAACUUACAAUCUUUUUUGAACUUUUAUAAUUCUAUGCCGUUUUUUGAAUAUUCUUUAAAUCAAAAAUAUGGUUUCUUAGCCAAUCAAAAAUUGUUUGCUUCAUCUUUUUAUAAACAACAAUUUGAAAAUUAUUUCAAAAUUACAGUUUUAGACAGUAAAACAAUUUUCAAUGAAACUUUCAACGGAAAACGAUUUAUUCAGAAAAAAAGAAACAAAAACGUAGUUUCAGAUUUUUCUCGUAACUUUCCAAUUUCAAAAAAUCAUUUAAUCUUAAAAAAGAAUUUUUUAAAAAAUACGAUGUCCCUAGGUUUAACAAGUUUUUAUAGUCCUUAUGAGGGUGAAGUUUUAAAAAUUUAUAAUCAGAAUUCAGAUAUCUUAAACUUAAGAAAAAGCGUAAAUGUGUAUCUGGAAACAGGAUUAGAGCAAGAAAGACAACAACAAAAAUUGAUUUUAACAAAAUCAGAUAUAUUUGGUUUAGAACUUCCAAUUACUAAAGUUUCUUUUUUAGACUUAAAAAAACCAUUGCAAUCACCUGUCCGUUUUUUCGAUUCAAUGUGGGGUUCAAAACAAAGUUCUAACGUUGUUUUAUCUGUGCCAAGCUCAGAAUCUUCGAUUUGGAGAAAGAUCGAUUUUUUUCGCUCAUUCUUUAGAACCGUUGACAGUUGGAAAAAUUCACGCGAGUGGCAUCCGCUAAAUCGAGGCCACGAAAAAACAAAUUUUUCUAAAACCUAUAAACCAGAGAUCUUCAAUUUUAAUCAUUUAGAAGAUCAAACAUUUUUUAACCUGAUAUCGACAAAAAACUCUUUAAAAUUUUUACUGUUUUAUCAUGAAAGAUUUAAACGAUUAGAAAAACAUUAUUAUGAUGAAUUUGAUUUAAAUCAAUAUAAAAUUUCUGACUUUAAUACGCAUUAUAAAAAUAAACGUUAUAAAAUAAAAACAGUGAGUUUUGACUUGAUUAAUCAAAAUAAAAAGUUACGUUUAGGAGCAUUUGUUAGUACAGGUGAGAAGUUUUAUUCUAAUUUAACUUUUUUAAAGUCAGGUUUGAUUAUUCACUUAAGUUCAAAAAAAUUAACAUUACGAAAAGCUCAAUUCUUUUUUAUUUCUCCUCAAGCUAUACUACAUACAUAUCAUGGGCAUUGUUUAACAAAAAAUUCGCCAGUUAUGACUCUUCCAUUUCAAACAUUAAAAACAGGUGACAUUGUCCAAGGAAUCCCAAAAGUUGAACAAUACUUAGAAGCUCGUACAACAAUUCGUGGUCGAUUAUUUUUAAAUAGUUUACCUGUUUUACUUUAUGCUAUUUACCAGCGUUAUUCGUCUCAAUUAAAUAUGGAAAAAGCAGUUCAACAAAGUUUUUUAAAAAUUCAACAAAUUUUGGUAGAUGGGGUGCAACGUGUAUACAGAUCACAAGGUGUUAGUAUUGCAGAUAAACACUUAGAAAUUAUUGUACGUCAAAUGACAUCCAAAGUUAAAAUUGUUUAUGGUGGACAAACAGGAUUUUUUCCUGGAGAGUUUGUUGAUUUAGAAUUUGUCGAACGUAUUAAUCGUUUUUUAAUGGUGAAAAUCCGAUAUGAACCUGUUGUUCUUGGAAUUACUCGAGCAUCUUUAGAAGUCGAUAGCUUUUUAUCGGCAGCGAGUUUUCAACAAACUACAAAAGUCUUAAGUCGAGCAGCUAUGGAAAAUAAAAAAGAUUUUUUAAAAGGUUUAAAAGAAAAUCUUUUAGUAGGGAAUUUACUUCCAGCUGGCACAGGGUAUAUUGUUCCAAUUUCAGAAAAAAGGUUUUCGAAAAUCCUUAUUGACGAUUGA